CCAGUUUUCCAACAGUCUCCGGUUUCUGCACCUACCAUCAGUCAGCCAAUCAGAGUCUGCAUAAGGCCCCUGCGGACGCUAAUCGGUACCCGCCGCCUGCACAGCAGCCCGGGUUCUGUGCCCCGGUUUGGACACCCUAGCUCCAGCUAGGAGAGGGUGCACGAGCCUGCAUUGCUGUGGCCUCUAGGGUACCUCGGGAUUGCCCCCAAGCGCUUUUUCCGAGACAAGCAUCUUGCGGCCCUGGCAACCCAGCUCUCCCCGGGGUCACAGGCCAGAGCAAUCAACCCCCAAGUUCCGAUGGGCCCCACAGGGGGCGCGGCGAGGCCCGGGCGCUUCUUCGGCGUCUACCUGCUCUACUGCCUGAACCCUCGGCACCGGGGCCGCGUCUACGUGGGGUUCACGGUCAACCCUGCUCGUCGGGUGCAGCAGCACAACGGGGGCCGCAAAAAAGGCGGGGCCUGGCGGACCAGUGGACGCGGGCCCUGGGAGAUGGUGCUCAUCGUACACGGCUUCCCCUCCGCAGUGGCCGCCCUUCGGUUCGAGUGGGCCUGGCAGCACCCGCAGGCCUCGCGCCGCUUGGCGCACGUGGGUCCGCGCCUGCGCGGUGAGGCCGCCUUCGCCUUCCACCUGCGCGUGCUGGCGCACAUGCUGAGCGCGCCGCCCUGGGCGCGCCUCCCGCUCACCUUGCGCUGGCUGCGCGCCGACUUCCGCCAGGAUCUCUGCCCGCCGCCGCCGCCUCACGUGCCGCUGGCCUUCGGGCCUCCGCCGCCCCGGGCCUCGGCCCCAAGGCGCCGCGCGGCUGACACCGAGUCCGAGCUGGAGCACGACGCCGAGACCCGCUGCACCCUGUGCGCGCGCGUGCUCCAGGAUGAAGAAGACCCCCUGUGUUGCCCCCACCCUGGCUGCUCCCUGAGGGCCCAUGUGAUCUGCCUGGCAGAGGAGUUCCUGCGGGAGGAGCCAGGGCAGCUUCUGCCCCUAGAGGGCCAAUGCCCUGGCUGUAAGAACUCACUGCUGUGGGGAGACCUGAUCUGGCUGUGCCGGAUGGGCACCGAGGAGGAAGAGGAGGACUCGGAAUUAGAAGAGGAACACUGGACCGACAUGCUGGAGAUCUGAUCCUCAGCGUCCCCAACCUCUGCCCACUCCUUUUCUGUGCCACACCCUGUGGGUCUGGGCAGUUUUUACUUGAGUACAAUAAAAAAUCUGAGUUAAGGUA